AUAGUUUCACUAUACUACACUCAAUUACUAUAUUGUCCUUUUCCGCCUAUAUAUAAUCUCAAACUGUUCGAUCAGUGCUAGGGUUUUUGUGAGUUCUGCAUCUCUUCGCCAGUUAAAGAAGCAGCCGCACCGAAGAGAAGGAUUUGAAACCCUAAUCAUGUCGCUUGUUGCAAAUGAAGAUUUUCAGCAUAUUCUUCGUGUUCAGAACACAAAUGUUGAUGGGAAACAGAAGAUCAUGUUCGCUAUGACAUCAAUCAAAGGUAUUGGUCGUCGUUUUGCUAACAUUGCCUGCAAGAAAGCUGAUAUCGACAUGAGCAAGAGGGCUGGUGAACUCACUGCUGCUGAACUCGAUAGCUUGAUGGUUGUUGUGGCUAAUCCACGUCAAUUCAAAAUCCCUGAUUGGUUUUUAAAUAGGCAAAAGGAUUACAAGGAUGGAAAGUUUUCACAAGUUACAUCUAAUGCACUGGACAUGAAGCUUAGGGAUGAUCUGGAACGCCUGAAGAAGAUCAGGAAUCAUCGCGGUUUACGUCACUACUGGGGUCUUCGUGUGCGUGGUCAGCAUACCAAGACCACUGGUCGCCGAGGAAAGACUGUUGGUGUCUCCAAGAAGCGAUAAAUUCCUUCUCCUGGGCCAAUUUUGCAUGUUUUAUGCUAUUUCGUUUUGAUAUGGGACAAGAGAUGGUUUGACAGUGGAACUUGUUAGUUUUAUAAUUUUGUUUAAUGUAAUGGAUUUUUGAGUUCUAUAGAACAACAUUGCUUUGGAAGAAUGUAUUAUCUGCACUAGUCUUUUGUUACUAAUGAGGUUCAAUUUUCUACCCCAUUAAUGGAUGGUCUUUUUUACUUUUUU